AGUGACCCCUCGGGGAAAAUAUUUCACCCGACUGACCCUUUCGUGUGGCGUCCGACACCUAGACGUCACACUACACUGUGUGACGCCUAGCCGUUCGGCGCCACACCCCCCGACCACCUGACAGAGAGGGUCCAACCCCAGGCCGUGUGACGCCUAAGUCUCAGGCGUCACACAUUGUAAUGUGUGGCGCCGAACGCUUAGACGCCACACAUUGACUUAAACAGGCACGGGCGAGCCCCCCUCCCCACCCCCUCCCCAUUCCCCUCCCUCAUUCAAACAGAAACAGGCACGGCAACGGGUGGCUCUCAUCCAAGCCCGAAUCCCCUCCCCCAUCCCCUUCAGAUCUGGUGAUUUCUUCCUUGGAUUGAUCCCCCAAGGUUGGCUACUAGGUAAUCUCUUCCGUUUCCCAUCCUUCUAUCCAAGUGGAAUAGGUUUUUGUUGAGUAGAUUGAUAUGAGUAGUUAGGAUAUGAGUUCUUAGAAUUUGAGUAGUUAGGAUAUGAGUAGAUUCAUAUGAGUAGUUAGUAUUAAUAGUUAGUAUAUGAGUAGAUUCAUAUGAGUAGUUAGGAUAUGAAUUCUUAGGAUUUUAGUAGUUAGGAUAUGAGUAGAUUCAUAUGAGUUCUUAGGAUUUGAGUAGUUAGGAUAUGAGUAGAUUCAUAUGAGUAGUUAGGAUAUUAGUAGAUUCAUAUGAGUAGUUAGGAUAUGAGUAAUAUGUAGAUGGAUGGAUUAGUAGAUGAGUAUUUUUUUUGAAUAUGAGUAUUUUUUUUGUGAUUUGUAGGAUGGUGUGGCUUUUGAAUGAUGUUUAUGACGUUGAACACCGGGCCUAUUUUAUGUCGGAGAAGAAAAUGGAGCUUAUGCGCUUGAAGAUCCGGUCUCACGGGGCAUCGUCUGUAAUGCAGUACGAUGAGCGGUACACCCCAUACAUCGAGAUGACAGGACUCCUUCCAUUCAUUCAGCUUGUGAGUCGGUCAACGCCCAAUCUGAACGAUGCGGCAGUCACUGCACUUAUUGAUCGUUGGAGGCCGGAGACACAUAGUUUUCACCUCCGGACCGGAGAGAUGACAGUUACUCUUCAAGAUGUUUCCAUGAUCACCGCACUUCCGAUCGAGGGGAAGCCUCUUUGUAUGAGCACUGAUUCCGAGGGAUGGCGGCAACAAAUGGAGGCCCUUAUUGGUAUGUCGCCUCAGGAGCCGGAGGUAGAAGAUGGAGGGAAGAAAGAUAGAGUCCCGACCGGCGCUCCUUUCACUUGGAUUGCCGCGAACUUUGCUCAUUGUCCUGAGGACGCAGAUGACGAGGUGAUCCAGAGGUAUGCUCGCGUGUACAUGUGGUACGUCAUCUCUAGGACUAUCUUCGCUGACGGCACUGGCAAGAAUGCUCCAUGGAUGUGGCUGAAGGCGUUGACUGUUUUCGACAACAAGUUCAGUUGGGGCUCGACCGCACUGGCUUACUUGUAUCGCCAAGUAAUAAAUUGCUGAGUAGGAACUU